AUGAGCUGGGACAUCAGCGAUGCGGUGACGCAGGCCAAAUCAGUCCCAGCCGUCUAUUACUUGGCUCUCAACCCUCCCCGGGGCUGUCGCAGACUGGGUCUCUCUCCUGGGAAAUCGAAUCUUCGCGAUGAAUAUCACCAGCGAUAUAGCCAGGGGGUGCCCGGCGAUCGGGUUGACGAGUCGGGGCUGCCGGCGUGGCGCGUCAAGGCGCUGUUUGCCUAUCCGAUCAAGAGCUGUGCCGGCAUGGAGCUCGAGGUCGCCGACCUGGUCUCGACGGGGCUCGCAUACGACCGGCAGUUUUGCUUUGCUGAGUAUGUGAUUCCGGCGAAUCGAAAUAGCACCAACAACAAUAAUAGUGACAGCGAUGACCCGAAGAAAAAACCGCACUGGGAUUUCCGCACACUCCGGGACGGGCGGUUCAGCAGAAUGACCCUGAUCAAGCCGGAGAUCUGGGUGCCAGACCCGGCUGCCAGCGGGUACGCGGCGGAUCUGGAGGAAGUCAAGUCUCGGGGUGUCAUGAUUGUGCGGUAUCCUCGUGUGCCGCCGCAAGGGAUCUGGCGCAUGCCCGUCCAGCUGGGCAUCCGACUUGGGUUGGUGGCGAGCGAAGCCUCGUUCCGGGUGCCUCUCUUCCCACUGGCCGAGGAUAUCGACCGUGGUCUCUAUCCGAGUCUACCCGUGCGGAUCUGGAAGGAUUUCCCCAAGUCGUUCAACUACAUCCACCACAUCCCGCAGUCGCUGCGCGACUUCCUCGCCCCGGAGGCCUCGUCGACCGCCGAGCGCCGCACGCUGGCGCUCUUCCGCGUCAACCCGCAGCACCACCGCGAGAUCUUCCGCUGUGCGCCGAGCACGGAAGAAGUGGGAUUCCAGACCGUCACGGGCUUCGCAGACGCGUACCCCUUGCAUAUUCUGAGUCUUGCAAGCGUGCACGACGUUGCGGCGCGGUGCGCGGCGGACAUCCCGCGGCUGACAGCGCGACGGUUCCGCGCGAACCUGAUCAUCCAGGGCCCGGCGGCGUUCGCAGAAGACGCGUGGAAACGCAUCCGGGUGGGCAGCCAGGCGGCCGGGUUGGAAAUAUACACUGUCUGUCGCACGCUGCGGUGUCGGCUGCCAAACGUCGACCCAGACACGGGGAUCAGACAUCGGUCAGAGCCAGACCGGACGAUGAAGAGCUAUCGUCGGAUCGACCCGGGGGAUCCGACCAACGCUUGUCUGGGGAUGCAGGCGGUUCCGGCUGUCCAGGAAUCCACCAUUCGAGUCAAUGAUGCUGUGACGGUGCUGGAGACGGGCGAGCACUACUAUAUCAAAAUGCUGGCGCCGGGUGAGACGAUUCCGGGAGAGCAUUAA